AUGGCUUCUCGUGCUCGUCGCACCAACCGCAAACCCAAACGAUCCUCCACUUCCACACUCAUUUCCGGUCCGCCUCUCGCUGAACAUGCAGCGCUGCCUCUCUUUAACAUCGCUUCCUCUCUCCUCGCCUACCUCCCCGCCGCCAUCCUAGCACAUCUCCACACACUUCUCUCCGUUGCAGCAGAAAAACGAAAACUGCAACUGCAAGAACAAAGGAGGCCACAUAAACUGGCUGAACCCGUGCAAGCAGCUCUCAAAAAGUCGCGCAAUGGACGACAGCUUAUCUCGUUCGACGACCUUCCGCCUGCUUGGCAGGGCACCCCAUUCAUCAAAUCUGGCUACCGAUUCAUCCCCCUUGAGCGGUUUUCCGCUCUUCUUCUCUCCAUGUUUACCCCACACAACGAAUUCCUCAACAUCCAAACACACAUAGUUGCAUUUGUGUACAGCUGCUUCCACUGGUCUGGCGGGACACAAGACUUGGGCGAGACUAUCGUGCUCAUCGCUGGUCUUUUCUGUCUCGCGGCGAGCAUAUGCGGCCAUAUGAUGUCUGGGUGUUCAGACCAGCAUGCCAUGCAGUUCUGCAACCGCGUUGACUACGCUGGCAUUGCAUGGCUCUUGUGUGCUUGUAACGCGUCCUUGGUCUUUUACGGCUAUGCGUCGCGACCCGAUAUCGCCUACCCAUUCGCUGUUGUGUCGUCCUUCAUGGCGCUAGCCGGCAGCAUACUUCCCUUCGUUUCUUGGUUCAAUCGGCAUGAAUAUCGAUACUGGCGCAUUUCGUUCUUUGUAGCUCUCAAAGUAACCGCCAUUACCCCAGUUGUCGGGAUCUAUAUGCUGUAUGGACUGGAAGGAAUGAGGGAUUUUACUUCUCCUUUCAUUCGACCUAUUUUCCUCAGUGCCCUUGGAAUAUUCUUCUACACAAACCACCUCCCAGAACGCUUCCUUAACCCACAUGGCAAAUGGGCCACACGCUUCAAUGCCGUGGGCUUCGGCUCACACGCGAUCUGGCACGUCCUUAGCGCCACCAGCAUCCUCGACUGGGCCAGCGCCAUGGCUGUCGUGCGCCAUAGUUUCGCAAAUCGCGUUUGA